AUGGCCAACGAUUCUGGAAGCCAACCAUCCUUCGCAUGGGUCGAAUAUGAUCCCAGAGCUUUGGCCGAGCGCAGAGCCGCUGGUGUCUACAAGCAGCAACGUCGGGUGGUGCGGGCGCAUGUCGCACACACCUCUUCUGGCUUGAGAAAAGCCACCAUGGCUAGAAAAGACUCCAUCGCCAAAGUAGCAGGGCCGAAGAAAGCCAUCAAAGCACCAAAGAAGUCCGGACACACGCCGGAAACACCAGAGGAGGCGGAUAAGCUUGCUCACGAUUCCAUCUCGCGUCUAUUCUCAAGGCUUCGUUCUCGCGACGCCAAUGCCAUCGCUUCCAUGGGCCAGAAAUCUGAUCGCGUUUUGCUUUGGGAUGCUUUCACUGGCGGUACCAUAUGUUUCAACGCCGCUAUGUUUGUCGCUGGAACUUUUGCGAACACAUGUGGGCUUAGUAGACAUGAGUUGCAUCAUGAUUUCGGAAGCGGGCUCUUAUUCCUCCGAGGAGCCUUGCUUGACGGUAUCCAGAGGACAAUCGUUCACACGCCGAAAGACACAUUGAACUCGAUCUCUAUUGCUCUUCUAGCAGGCUGGGAGCGCAGAUUCGGCGAUCAUAUGUCGUACAAAGUUCACAUGCAGGCAUGGAAAACUCUGCCUCUUGCUAUGGGAGCUCUGGAAGACAUCAGCAUUGCUGCACUUACGGAUGUGGCCAUGAAAUGUUUUCAGGAAGCCACCAACGAGCGAUACAUUGCCGAGAACGCUUUUUCGACCGUACGGUCUCUGACAAACGGCACAGUCGUGCCCAGUGGACUCCCAUUAGGAUUCCAUAUCAUACCGACUGAACGCCCUGAAGCGUUGAGCUUGUUGAGUACUAUCUCGAAUUGUUCGAGGUUUGAUUACAAACUACCUCGGUCCGUCGAAGAAUUUCGUAAACUCGUCAUAGAGAUAAUGUCGUGGAGUGCUAGCCAUUCCGUCUCAGCUGUACCCGACGAAUUGUACGAAGAGCAGUGGGACAACUUACAGCUGAAUGCUUGCUACCACAUUCGAGCAGCGAUGAUUUGCGCCAAUGAACCCUUGAUGUGGGCAUGUAUCAAAGCGCAAGGCCUGACAUGGAUUUUUGAUACUCAAGCGGGUCUUGAUAUCCAUGUAGAGUCGUGUCAACAUCUCAAAACGCACGAGCUUAUGGGAACAAAAUACCAAGAUUUAGCCAUUUGGGCGAAGAUGACACUGAACAGCCAUGCAACUCCCACGAAAAGUGGAGAUGAACAUAUCAGCGCGUUGCUGAAGCACACUGACAUCAGGACCUGGGAACAAAUGGAAGCACUGCUCAAGAAGUUUAUGUACAGAGAAGAGCUAUCUGGUUCGAAGUACCGGAGAUUGUUCAAUGCGCUUGUUUACUAG